AUGAAUCGGCAGCUAACCAAAGAAGAGAUUCAGAAGAUCUUCCAACGUUGGCAACAGUUAAGAGACCACUUUGGGGAACAGGCUGUAAAUGUACCUGAGUUCACACAAUUGAACAAAGUAAUCAACUUUAUGAAGAGUCAACAAGCUCAAAGACAACAGCAGUUACAGCAGCAGCAACAGCAACAGCAGCAACAACAACAACAAAAACCUCCAGCUCAGCCACAACAGUCAAACAGGGACUUAUCUCAACAAUCAAAUACUCCAAUUUCAAUGCAACAACAACCAAACCAAUACAUAUCGCAGAACAAUCAAUCAAAUUACAACAACCAACAAUAUCCUAAUCAGGCACAGUCCCCGAUGACAGGUGGAAUGAUCAGCCAAUCGAAUAAUGGAGCGUCACUCAGUCAGAAUGCAAAUUUAAUGACCCUGGUGAAGACUCCCAUGAGUGUUGGUAGUGGUGGAGGUGCCCCACCAAACAAUCAAUAUCAAGGAAAUCAAAUGUCUGCAGGUCAGCAACAACAGUUUGGAUUUCAGCAAUCCCCUCCUCAAUCUAAUCAAAAUAUGAUGGCCAACCAACCACCACCACCACAACAACCCCAACCACAAUCCCAGCCUGGCGCAGGAGGAGAAUCUGCAUUUACAACUCAUCAAUUCCAAUUACUUAAAUCUCAAUUUCAGGCUUUGAAAUAUUUACACAAACCACCUGGAUCUGGAAAUCCUCCUAUUCCUCAAAAUUUGAGUUCGUUUGUCACUAAUGAAUCUUCAGCAUAUCCUAAUGGAAAUUAUUUACCUGCAGUUAGUCAAACAAAGAACUUGAGACAAGCUUCUUCGGAGACUGGGCAACUCCCAUCGAAUCAAAUACCGAUCGGUGGUCAACAGCAACAACAACCUCAACCACAGCAACCCCCACAAAUGAAUCUUGUUACUGGUCAAAAUAUGUCUCCUUCUCCAAUUAUGGGAGACAAGGGUCUUCCAAUGGAAAAGAAAAAGGGAAAGCGAGGUCCAAAACCCAAGAAUCCAGCCCAACCUAAGAAGCUUACCAAGAAACAAAUCAAAAUGGAAGAAGAAAAACGAUUGGCAGCCGAAAGAGAAGCAUUCGAAUUACAAAAGAGGGUUCAACAACAAGAACAACUUGCGAAAGCGGCUUCUGCAACUCCAAAAGUUAUUCAACCAAUACUUUCUGAUCCAAACCCUCCUGUUAAUAUUAAUGAAUUGGUUCCUGAUAAGAGCAAAACCACUAAAGUGAUCAUUCCGGUUAGUAUGCCAAACAUUCAAGUUGAUGCAUAUGAAAUACCUGAUUUGGUUGGAGAUGUAGUUAAAGAUAUUUCACUUAGUGCAUUAUAUUCUCCUCAAAGUAGACUCCAAUUCCCAGGGUUGUUACCAACUGGUAUCAGUAUGGAAGAUAUUGCCUAUAACAAAGAUGCAUUUAUAAUUAUUCAAAUCGAGCAAGAAAUAGAUCGUUUGAAAAAGGAAUUAUCGUUGGUCCAAGAGAAUGAUGAAGAACAUAAAUUAGAAUUAGAAGCUGAAUUGGCAAAAUUGGAAUUGUUACCAUAUCAAAAGCAAUUACGUGGGAAAGUUCUUACUCAAACUUGGUUUAAUAAGUCACUUCUUCCCAAUUCACAUCCUAAUUUCUUAGCCAGAUUCAAUACAUUAUCAUUGGAAAAUGUGGUAGUGACACAAGAUUUAUACAGACAUCAACUCAAGACAUUAAUGGCAGCUCAAAAUCAACAACAUAAAAAGACGAUCGAUGAAAUUCUUUCAUAUAGUAGAGCAUGUAAUACCGAAUUCAUGAGAAGGAAAGAUAGAUUGAAUAAAUUUGCAUCCAAAGUCACCAGUUUCCAUAAUCUGACUGAGAAAGAAGAGAAAAGACGUCUUGAGAGAAUAGUAAAACAACGUUUACAAGCUUUGAAACUGAAUAAUGAAGAGGAAUAUAUUAGAUUAUUGGAUAAAACCAAAGAUACAAGAAUUACUCAUUUAUUAAAUCAAACUAAUCAAUUCUUGGAUUCUUUAGCCCAAGCCGUGAAAACUCAACAAAAGGAAACCCAUGAAAGUCUAGUUGAAAGAGGUCGUAUUGCCGAUGAAGGGGAAUUUGAUGACACCGCUCCCGAUAGUGAAGAAAAGCGAGAAAAGAUUGAUUAUUAUAAUGUUGCUCAUCGUAUUAAGGAAGAAAUAUUCAAACAACCAUCAAUCUUAGUUGGAGGGACUUUGAAAGAAUAUCAAAUCAAGGGUUUACAAUGGAUGGUAUCUUUGUUUAAUAAUCAUUUGAAUGGUAUAUUGGCAGAUGAAAUGGGGUUAGGUAAGACAAUUCAAACUAUUUCGUUAAUUACAUAUCUUAUUGAAGCUAAAAAAAUCCCAGGACCAUUUUUGGUUAUUGUUCCAUUAUCUACGGUGACGAAUUGGAAUUUGGAAUUUGAGAAAUGGGCUCCAAGUGUCAAGAAGAUUGUAUAUAAGGGUACUCCUAAUCAACGUAAAAUUUUACAACAGGAUAUUAGAAGUGGUAAUUUCCAAGUUUUGUUAACUACUUAUGAAUAUAUUAUAAAAGACAAGGCUCUUCUUUCUAGAACUAAAUGGGUACAUAUGAUUAUUGAUGAAGGUCAUCGUAUGAAGAAUAGCAGUUCGAAGUUGUCAGAAACAUUAUCUCAUGCUUAUCAUAGUGAUUACCGUUUGAUUUUAACUGGUACACCAUUACAGAAUAAUUUACCUGAAUUGUGGGCAUUAUUGAAUUUCGUGCUUCCAAAGAUUUUCAACUCGGUGAAAUCAUUUGAUGAAUGGUUUAAUACUCCAUUCGCGAAUACUGGUGGACAAGAUAAGAUUGAAUUAAGUGAAGAAGAAACUUUGUUGGUUAUUAGAAGAUUACAUAAAGUCUUGAGACCGUUCUUGUUAAGAAGAUUAAAGAAGGAUGUUGAAAAAGAUUUACCAAACAAAGUUGAAAAGGUUGUUAAAUGUAAGAUGUCAGCAUUGCAAUCGAAAUUAUAUCAACAGAUGUUAAGAUUUAAUAUCUUAUAUGCUGGUGAUGCUUCGAAUGGAAGUAUUCCCGUUACAAUCAAAAAUGCCAAUAAUCAAAUCAUGCAAUUGAGAAAGAUUUGUAAUCAUCCAUUUGUUUAUGAAGAAGUUGAAAAUUUGAUUAAUCCUACCGUUGAAACAAAUGAUAAGAUUUGGAGAGUAGCUGGUAAAUUUGAAUUAUUAGAUAAGAUCCUUCCCAAAUUCAAGAAAACUAAUCAUAAAGUAUUGAUAUUUUUCCAAAUGACACAAAUUAUGGAUAUUAUGGAAGAUUUCUUACGAUUCAGAAACAUGAAAUAUAUGAGAUUGGAUGGUUCUACCAAAGCGGAUGAUAGAACUGAAUUAUUAAAACUUUUCAAUGCUCCUGAUUCAGAUUAUUUCUGCUUUUUGUUAUCAACAAGAGCUGGUGGGUUGGGUCUUAAUUUACAAACUGCGGAUACAGUUAUUAUAUUCGAUAGUGAUUGGAAUCCACAUCAAGAUUUACAAGCCCAAGAUAGAGCCCAUCGUAUUGGACAAAAGAACGAAGUUAAGAUUUUGAGACUUAUUACUGAAGAUUCGGUUGAAGAAAUGAUUUUGGAAAGAGCGGCAGCCAAAUUGGAAAUUGAUGGGAAAGUUAUUCAGGCUGGUAAAUUUGAUAAUAAAUCUACGGCAGAAGAACAAGAAGCAAUGUUGAGAGCUUUGAUUGAGAAGGAAGAAGAAAGAAGACAAAAGGGCAGUGAUGACGAGGAGGAUGAAAUGGAUGAAGAUGAAUUGAAUCAAAUUAUUUCCAGAAAUGAAAUGGAGUUGGAAACAUUUAGAAGACUCGACGAGGAAAGAGCGGCCGCAACGAAGCAAGCAGGGUAUACCACUAGAUUAUUUACUGAACAGGAAUUGCCUGAGGUAUAUAGGAGGGAUCCUGAAGAAUUUAUGAAAAAGGAAGAUGAAAUCUUGGAAGACUAUGGUCGUGGUGCAAGAGAAAGAAAGGCAAUGACUUAUGAUGAUAAUUUAACUGAAGAACAAUGGUUGAAACAAAUCGAAGGAGUUCUUUCAGAAGAUAGUGAUUCUGAUGAUAUUGAAGUAAAGCCCAAGAAAUCUAGAGGUAGACCUCGUGGACGUCCAAAAUCAAGAGAUCCAGAUGCUGACAUUAAAGAUGAAUCACCAGAGCCUAGUCAGACUGAAUCUGAAGUACCUCUGAAACGGUCGAUAAUGGAUGAUUCUGAUGAAUUUGUACCCGCUAAGAGGGCCAAAUCUUCUACACCAAAAGUUGUUGCUCCGACAAGAGGUAGAGGACGUGGUCGUGGUAGAGGCCGUGGAAGGGGAUCUUUGUUGAAUCGUUCAACUCCAACUGUUGAUCCAUUGACUCCAGAUGAACGAGCUAAGCUUCAGAAUAUGAUAGAGAAUAUAUUAGGUUUGAUUAUGAAUUAUAAGAAUGAACAUGACCGAAGAUUAAGUGAUUUGUUUUUGGUGAAACCAUCCAAGAGAUUGUAUCCUGAUUACUACGUUUUGAUCAAACAUCCAAUUGCUUUGGAUGUUGUUAAGAAGAGAAUUUCAUCAAAAAGUUAUACUCAAAUUCGAGAAAUGUUGGAAGAUAUUCAUUUAAUGUUUAGUAAUGCCAAGAUUUAUAAUGAAGAAGGAUCAAUUGUUUAUCAGGAUGCGGCAUAUUUGGAAAAGUUGGCAAUUGAUAAAUUCCGAGAACUUGCAACCGCCACUGGUAUGUCAGUUGAAGAGAUUGAAAAAUGUUUAGAUUUCCAAAGCUUUGAUGAAACAUUUAAUUUGAAACCAUUGGUGGUUCCAUCAGCUAUGAAACAUCCUCUUGAAUCCAAAUUAGAGAAGCUUGAUAAUGGAGAAAUGAUAGAUAGCCCAAUUGUGGGAAUCCCUAUGAGUGUAGAUACAGAAGCAUCAACACUAGGUAAUUUUUAA